CGGGACCAGCCGGGCCGAGCCGAGCCGAGCCAGCCAUGGCCCAGCCGCGCUGCCGCUCCGUGCUCAUCACCGGCUGCAGCCGCGGCAUCGGGCUGGGGCUGGUGCGGGGGCUCGCGGCCGCCACCCCCUCCCCAGACUUCGUCCUGGCGACCUGCCGGGACCCUGAGAAGGCGCAGGAACUCCAGCAGCUUAGUAAGCAGUACAGCAAUGUCAAGCUUCUCCAACUGGAUGUGGUCUGUGAAAACAGCAUCAAGAAAGUGGUCAAGGAAGUGGAAGAAAUCGUGGGGGACAAAGGGCUGAACUGCCUCAUCAACAACGCCGGCAUCAACGUGCUCGCCUCCUUGGAAGAGGUCACGGCAGAGACGAUGCUCACCAUCUAUGAAACCAACACUGUUGCCCAGCUGAUGGUCACCAAGGCGUUCUUACCCCUCCUGAGGAAGGCAGCCCAGCUGAGCACAGGAAUGGGCUGCCACAGAGCUGCUAUUAUCAACAUGUCCUCUCUCGCUGCCUCCAUGCAACUCGUCCAGGCAAAUGAGAUGUUCCUCAAGGUCUAUCCCUACAGGAUAGCCAAGACUGCACUGAACAUGAUCACCAGGUGUCUUGCUGCAGACUUGAAAUCGGAUGGAAUUCUCUGUAUUUCUUUGCAUCCAGGCUGGCUCCAGACAGACAUGGGUGGAAACAUGGCUCCCAUGCAGGUGCAAGAGGCUAUCCCAGGUAUUCUCUCUGUUCUGGACCGUCUUGGUGAAAAAGAGAAUGGUUCCUUCCUGGACUGGCAAGGGGAAACUCUACCAUGGUAGAAGUGCACAGGUUACUACAGAAACAGCACGUCAGCCACGCUCUAACCUCUCAUGUCUGUGUCUCUGGGGUUUUCUCACACACUAGUUGAAGUAGCCAGUCUGAUAUCCAGCCUCUCUAGGUGUCUUUGAAAAAUGAAGUGGCUGACUCUCUCACUCGGUAUUGCUACUGCUCUAUUCUAAUGCUUCCUGCAAACACUACUGUGCUCUUGGUGGUGGUGGGUAUCUCCUGGAACCGUCUGAAAUGGAUUAAAACGAGUUAAAUCCAGGGGCUGGUUCCUCUUCACUUCCAAAACCAAAGCGGGCCUCCUGCUCUCUGCAGAGUUAAAUGACCUGACCUCAGAGCAAGGCCAGUGUAGGCUGUCAGAUCCCAGGAUGCUCAGUCUGCUGGAGACAUGUCUCCAGAAAAGAAGUCCUUUGGUUUCCUUCGGUCUUAACUGAGCCAAGGCUGAAAGUGCCCAGCUCUAAACCACGUGAAUUUGGUACUUCUGUAAAUUCCUUGGCAAACUGUCCCCAGGUUGACAGCGUACACCAGGCAUUGCUUUGUUCCCAGAGGGUGACUAACAUCCUGAUACGGGGGUGGGAAUGUUGUUUUGUACAUAAACUUCUGAAAUGUCUUCAAUAAAGUCUUGUUUAAAAAAACAGUCUGUUUACUGAACUACUUCCUUAAUUAAUUUCUCUUCAUUGGUUUCUCUUCCCUGA